AAUCAGUGGUCUACGAGUAAAUCUUACUUACUUCCAUAACUUUUGCAUCCAUUCUGCAUCAAAGAGUCCAACAUGAAAGCAAUGGAGAGAAGCAAGGAUGUGUUCUCAACGUUUGAACGUGAGGACGACGAUGAAGCUCUGAAAUGGGCAGCAAUAGAGAGACUCCCGACAUAUUCGCGCAUGAGGAAGAGUAUCCUUGUUAACGCAGAAGGCAAAGCAAGUGAGGUAGAUAUCAAAAGGUUGAGUUUAACAGAGAGAAAGAUUCUCUUAGAGAGACUCGUCGGGCUAGCAGAAGAAGAUAAUGAGAAGUUCUUGUUGAAACUUAAGGAACGGAUUAAUCGAGUUGGAUUAGAUAUUCCAACAGUUGAAGUUAGGUUUGAGCAUAUAAAUGUGGAGGCACAAGUCUACGUUGGAAGCAGAGCAUUACCUUCAUUGCUUAACUUUUAUGGCAACGCAUUAGAGGGGUUCUUAAAUUAUGUUCACGUUUUGCCAACUCCAAAGAAACCAUUACAUAUUCUUCAGAAUGUUAGCGGAAUCAUAAAGCCCAGGAGAAUGGCGUUGCUCUUAGGACCCCCAGGUUCCGGAAAGACUACUUUGCUGUUGGCUCUGGCUGGAAAACUCGGUACCGAUUUGAAACAUUCUGGGAAAGUGACUUACAAUGGGUACGGACUCGAAGAGUUUGUACCACAGAGGACAUCAGCUUAUAUAAAUCAGAAUGAUGUCCACAUUGGAGAAAUGACUGUGAGAGAAACACUGGACUUCUCAGCAAGAUGUCAAGGAGUGGGGCACAAUUAUGAGAUGUUGGCAGAACUGCUGAGAAGAGAAAAGGAAGCAAACAUUAAACCAAAUCCUGAUGUUGAUGCAUACAUGAAGGCAGCAGCACUAGAAGGACAAGAGACGAGCGUGGUCACUGACUACAUUCUAAAGAUUUUGGGACUAGAAGUGUGUGCUGACAUUAUGGUAGGGGAUGAAAUGAUAAGAGGUAUAUCAGGGGGACAGAAAAAGCGUGUCACGACAGGGGAGAUGCUCGUUGGGCCUGUGAGAGUGUUGCUCAUGGAUGAAAUAUCAUCUGGUUUGGACAGUUCAACAACUUUUCAAAUAAUAAAUUCAAUGCGACAGUCCAUCCAUAUUCUCAAUGGAACUGCACUUAUCUCUCUCCUACAACCUGCACCAGAAACUUAUGAGCUAUUUGAUGAUAUCAUACUUCUCACAGAUGGCCAAAUUGUGUACCAAGGCCCCAAAGAAAAUGUGCUUGAGUUCUUUGAAUCCAUGGGCUUCAAGUGUCCUGAAAGAAAAGGAGUUGCUGACUUCUUACAAGAAGUGACAUCAAGAAAAGAUCAACGGCAGUACUGGGCACGUGAAGAUGCACCUUACAGUUUUGUUACUGUGAAGGACUUUGUUGAAGCCUUCCAAUCAUUUCAUAUAGGGCAAAAAAUUAAAGAUGAGCUGGACAAUCCUUUUGACAAAUCUAAAUGUCAUCCAGCUGCCUUGACCACAAAGAAAUAUGGUGUUGGCAAGAAAGAGCUGUUGAGAGCUUGUUUUAGCAGAGAAUUUUUGCUUAUGAAGAGAAAUUCCUUUGUCUACAUAUUCAAAGCCACUCAACUUACUUAUUUAGCUGUCAUGACUACAACAUUAUUUCUACGAACAAACAUGCAUCGGGAUACUGUGGCGGAUGGAGGAACAUAUAUGGGUGCCCUGUUCUUUGCUGUCAUUGUAGCUAUGUUCAAUGGAAUAUCGGAGUUAAACAUGACCAUCAUGAAACUUCCCAUCUUUUACAAGCAAAGAGACUGUAUAUUUUAUCCUUCAUGGGCUUAUGCUCUACCACCAUGGAUACUCAAAAUGCCAAUAACCCUUGUAGAAGUAGCCAUUUGGGAAGGCAUCACUUAUUACGGCAUCGGUUUUGAUCCAAGUGUUGGGAGGUUCUUCAAACAAUACUUCCUUAUUUUGUGCAUUAAUCAGAUGGCAUCUGCGCUAUUUCGGUUGAUGGCAGCAUUAGGAAGGGAUGUAAUUGUUGCAAAUACUGUUGGAUCAUUCGCUUUACUUAUAGUUCUGGUUUUGGGUGGAUUUGUGAUUUCACGAGAGAAUAUACACAAAUGGCUCCUUUGGGGUUAUUGGUCGUCACCAUUGAUGUAUGGGCAGAAUGCUAUUGCUGUGAACGAAUUUCUCGGGCAUAGUUGGAGAAAGGCUGUUCCCAAGUCCAAUGAGGCAUUGGGAGUUAUGGUAUUGAAAUCUCGUGGGUUUUUCCCAGCAGCUUAUUGGUAUUGGAUUGGAGCAGGGGCUUUGAUUGGUCAUACCUUUCUUUUUAAUUUCCUUUUCACCUUGGCUUUGCAACAUCUCAAACCAUUCAAAAGAGCUCAACCAGGGCUGUCGAAAGAGAAAUUGCUCGAGAGAAAUGCUUCCAAAACUGGCGAGUUCAUUGACCCUCCACAAGCAGAAUUGAGUGCUUUUGAUGACAAGUCAGAAACAAAGAUCGAAGAAGUAGGUUUAUCAUGUGGACCAUUUCCUGCACACAGUAGUCAUAAGGGCAUGGUGCUUCCUUUUCAACCUCUAUCCCUCACCUUUGAUGAGAUCAGAUAUUCUGUCGACAUGCCACAGGAAAUGAAAAACCAAGGUGUUCUUGAGGAUCGUCUUGAACUUUUAAGGGGUGUGAGUGGUGCUUUUAGGCCAGGAGUACUAACAGCUUUAAUGGGAGUAAGCGGUUCUGGCAAAACUACUCUGAUGGAUGUUUUGGCUGGUAGGAAGACUAGUGGCUAUAUCGAAGGAAGUAUCACAAUUUCUGGGUAUACUAAAAAGCAAGAAACUUUUGCUCGUAUAUCAGGGUAUUGUGAACAAUUCGAUAUUCACUCACCCUAUGUUACAGUCUAUGAGUCCCUAUUGUUCUCUGCAUGGCUUCGAUUGUCCCCUGAAAUCGAUGAUGCAACUAAAAAGAUGUUCAUAGAAGAAGUCAUGGAGCUUGUGGAGCUUAACUCAUUAAGGGAAGCACUAGUUGGGUUACCGGGUGAGACUGGACUUUCAACUGAACAACGCAAGAGGCUUACAAUUGCAGUUGAACUUGUAGCCAACCCAUCAAUAAUAUUCAUGGAUGAGCCAACCUCGGGCCUUGAUGCAAGAGCAGCAGCAAUUGUUAUGAGAACUGUGAGAAACACCGUGGACACAGGACGAACCGUAGUUUGCACCAUUCACCAGCCAAGCAUUGAUAUAUUUGAUGCCUUUGAUGAGUUGCUGCUUCUGAAAUUGGGAGGAGAGCAGAUAUAUGCUGGUCCGUUAGGCCACCAUUGUUCCCAGCUGAUUCAGUACUUUGAGGCUAUUCAAGGAGUUCCUAUGAUCAAAGAUGGUUACAAUCCAGCAACUUGGAUGCUGGAAGUGACAUCACCAGGGAUAGAAGCAAACCUCAAUGUUAACUUUACUAUUGAAUACAGAAACUCAGAACUCCACCGGAGAAAUAAACAACUGAUCCAAGAGCUUAGUACACCUCGUCAAGAUUCAAAAGAUCUCUACUUUGCAAGCCAAUAUUCGCAGCCUUUCUUUGCACAAUGCGUAACUUGCCUAUGGAAACAACAUUUAUCAUAUUGGCGCAACACGUCAUAUAGUGCAGUAAGACUACUAUGUACAACAAUUAUAGCUUUGCUGUUUGGGAUGAUUUUUUGGGACGUUGGCUCGAAAAGGAGAAGGGCGCAGGAUCUUUUCAAUUCCAUGGGUUCAAUGUAUGCUGCUGUUAUUUCCAUUGGAGUACAAAAUGGCUGCUCAGUGCAACCCAUAGUGGCCGUUGAGAGAACAGUCUUCUAUAGAGAAAGAGCUGCUGGAAUGUAUUCAGCUUUGCCUUACGCUGUGGCGCAGGUUAUUAUUGAGCUUCCUCACAUCUUGAUCCAGACUCUAAUAUAUGGGGUUAUAGUGUAUGCCAUGAUGGGAUUUGAGUGGACAUUAGCCAAGUUCUUGUGGUAUCUCUUCUUCAUGUACUUCACCUUUUCAUACUUCACAUUCUAUGGCAUGAUGACCAUGGCUAUCUCUCCCAAUCCCCACGUUGCGAUGAUAUUCUCAAGUGCCUUCUAUGCAAUAUGGAACCUUUUCUCAGGCUUUAUCAUUCCCUUAUCGAGAAUACCCGUGUGGUGGAAAUGGUACUAUUGGAUUUGCCCUGUUGCUUGGACUUUGAAUGGAUUGAUUACCUCCCAAUACGGAGACCAAACGGAGAAACUAGAGUCAGGCCAAACAGUUGAAGACUUUGUGACAGGUUAUUUCAGAUUCAAAUAUGAUUUCUUGGGAGUUGUGGCUGUUGUGGUAGCUUGUUUCUCAGUGCAGUUUGCGCUCAUAUUCGCCUUUGGAAUCAAAGCAUUUAACUUUCAAAAGCGAUGAGUUAACGAAACCAAACUCCAUCUCCAUGUGAGGCCUAUUGUGAAACUAAAUGUAUGGAUUGGCAUUUCCUUAGGAUUAUUUUUGCCAUAUUAAGCUUGGUGUUACUACUCAACAUUUGUUAAAAUAAUUAGAACAAAUCGAUAUUGUACGUUGUAUUUAUAAAUAUUUUGUUCGCUGGACAUUGUAUUUA